AACGACAAAAAACCUGCUGAAUAUGGUCUCUUCCUGGCCGACGAUGAUCCCAAGAAAGGCACAUGGUUGGAACCAAGCAAAUCUUUAGAAUAUUUUCUGCUGAGAAAUGGGGACCUUGUGGAAUACAAAAUGAAACACCGCAUAUUAAAAGUCCGGACAUUGGACGAUACAAUAAAGACAUUAAAAGUUGAUGACAGCUGUCCUAUUGGCAUGUUAAUGGUGACCAUUUGUACCAGAUUAGGAAUUACAAAUCAUGAAGAAUACUCUUUGGUACGUGAGCUGCCGGAAGAGGAGAAAGAAAAAACGAUGACCCUAAAGAGAGACAAGUCCAUCGCUAAGGACCAGAAAAAACUAGAAGAGAUGAGACGAAAACUACACACAGAUGACGACGGUGAGUUUCAUUCGUGCCGAGAUGGUAUCAUAGAUGGAACCCACCCUGUCACACAGACAGAAGCCUUACAGUUUGCAGGCCUACAAUGUCAGAUCCAGUUUGGUAAUUAUGUAGAAAGUAAACACAAACCUGGUUUCUUAGAACCUAAAGAAUUCCUCCCCAAAGAAUACAUCAAGAUAAAAGGCAUUGAAAAGAAGAUAUUUCAGGAACACAAAACUCAGAAUGGUUUAUUGGAUGUUGAAGCCAAAGUGAGAUAUACACAAUGCUGCCGAGAUCUUAAAACAUAUGGAAUCACAUUCUUCUUAGUCAAGGAAAAAAUGAAAGGAAAAAAUAAACUGGUUCCUCGAUUACUUGGAAUCACCAAAGAAAGUGUUGUCAGAAUGGAUGAAAAAACUAAAGAAAUUAUCAUGACGUGGCCUCUCACAGCACUAAAGCGAUGGGCACCAUCCCCAAAUAGUUUUACCCUGGAUUUAGGGGACUAUUCUAAUGAAUAUUACUCAGUUCAAACGACAGAGGGGGAGCAAAUUUCACAACUCAUUUCUGGAUAUAUUGAUAUUAUCAUGAGAAAGAAAAAGGCUAAAGACCAUUUGGGCAUCGAAGGUGACGAGGUGUCCUCCAUGUACGAAGACAGGGUCACACCUGCCCAAGCCUUUAUCAUUAAACAUGUUGAUUCUAAAGUCGAUCACCCAAGUUCGGGCAACGUAGCUAUUCCCGCUGUCAUCCGUGAUGCUAUGCCUGAAGGUGGCACGAUCUCUAUCGGCACAUUCAAUCGUGCCGAAUUUGGUGAAACCUCCAGUCCUAUGUUCCCGGGACAAGCUCCAGUUCAGAGUCAGAAUGUCCGCGAAGUUAUCCUUAGUAAGGCCCAGAAGGCCCUAUUAACCACUAUUAAGGAGGGGUUGGAUAAUAUUGACUAUGCUAAAACUGAGCUUGCGAAAAAAGCUGAUUUGCCUGAGCUUGGCUCUGAUGCGGCUUCAAAGAAAUGGGCUGAGAACGAGUUAGAUCUUUCGAAGCAAAAGGUCACCGCGCAGUUGUCAGCUAUGGGGGCCGCUACCGCACAACUUGUGAGUCUCACUAAUGUCCAGGAAGAGCAAGAUGCUACAGCACUCGGAGCUGCAAUCCACACAAUUUCUUCAAACAUGAACGAGUUUUCACACGAUGUUCGUAUGCUGCCCCCCUUCAUCCGUUUCCACUCUUUCAAUCGCUGCUUUUAUCUUCAGGUUGUUGCACCAACAAUCAGUAACCCAGCCUGCCGUGACCAGCUGUUUGAUGCAGCGAAACAAGUUGCAAAUUCUGUGGAUGGAAUCGUUGAGGCUGCAAUGUUUGCCUGCAAAGAUGAGCAUCUGCUGAGCGAUUUAGGAGAAGCAGCAACAGCAGUUACCAAGGCACUUAAUGAUCUCCUUCAACAUGUCAAGAUGGGGACAGGCAGUGGUGAGGGUGGCCAGAAUGAACAAGCUGUUGACACCAUACUAACAGCAACAGACCGACUUUUCAGCAGUGUCGGUGAUGCACACGAGAUGGUUAAACAAGCGAAAAUGUUGGCACAGGCAACUUCUCAACUGGUCUGUGCCAUCCGAUCCCAAGCGGAAUCAUACCAAGACACAGACAUCCAGAAAAGACUGUUGGCUGCCGCUAAGCAACUAGCAGAUGCCACAGCCAAAAUGGUGGAGGCUGCAAAAGGAUGUGCCUCCAAUCCGAACGAUUCCAGCCAGCAAGGUAACCUUCGUAUUGCAGCUGAAGAACUUCGCUCAGCCACCAAUGCUGCUGCCAGCAACGCCCUGAAGAAAAAACUCAUCAACAGACUAGAAAACGCAGCCAAGCAAACUGCGGCCGCAUCUGUGCACCUGAUCAGUGCAGCAAAUACAGCUGGUAAAUCAAACUCCAAUUCUGUAUCUCAGCAGCACCUGCACUUUGAAUGCAAGGCUGUAUCAGACCAAAUGUCUUCUAUUGUGCAAGGCAUGAAGGCCACAACACAAAACCCUGAAAAUCCUGCCAGUCAAUUAAACCUUAUCAAUGCCUGUCAGAAUUUCAUACAGCCCUGUGCCAAACUGAUAGAUGCCAGUAAUGCUGCUCUGCCAACGGUCACAGAUCCCUCGGCCGCCCUCAAUCUUACGAACGGUGUCAAAUCUCUCUCUUCAGCACUUGCUGAACUUCGGUCUUGUACAGGAAAGGCCACCGAUAUGUGCCGAUACCUUGAACUAGACAGUGCUAUUGAAGAACUAAGUCACAUCGACCUAGAACUCGAAGAUAUUCUCAACACAGCAAAGAAUGGCAAAUUAGUUCCACUACCAGGAGAAACGGCGGAGUCUGCAGUGGCUCUCCUUGGCUCCACAUCAAAAACAGUUGGCUCUUCUAUGGCCCAGCUCUUGACUGCCACUGUACAGGGUAACGAGAACCACACCAGCCUGGCAGCUCGUGAUACCGCCAACGCCUUGCGGAGGUUUGCUUCUGCAGUUCGUGCCGUGGCGGCCACCACCGAAGAGAAGGCCUUGCAAGAGCUAAUCAUCCACAAUGCUCGUGACAUCAUUGAGAAGUCCAAACUGUUGUUGGACGAGGCUAAACAGGCGGUCAACACACCAAAGAACCCAGAAACGCAACAGAGAUUGGCUCAGGUAGCCAAGAGUGUGUCCAACGCCUUAAACAAUUGCCUGAACUGUUUGCCUGGUCAAAGAGAUGUUGAUAAUGCCAUACGAGGCAUCACAGAAUCCAGUCAGGCUCUUUCAACCUCACAGAUCCCGGAGACCAACAGAUCAUACCAGGAGGCCCAGGGCGAAAUGAACCAAGCGGCCGUGAACCUGAACCAAGCGGCCAGUGACAUAGUGACCACGUCGCGCGGCACUCCACAGCAGCUUGCCUCCUCGUCCAACCGUUACGGACACGCCUACAAGGACUUUGUGGACAGCGGUCUAGUUAUGGCUGGCGUCACGAAGGACAGUGACACCCAAAUGCAGAUAAUCGGAGGACUCAAGAGUGUGUCAACAGUGUCCAGCAAGUUACUUGUCGUGGCUAAGUCUGUGUCAGCAGACCCCAACGCCCCCAACGCGAAGAACCUACUUGCACAAGCUGCCAGGGCAGUAACUGACAGCAUUAACCAACUCAUAAACAUUUGUACCGUAUCAGCACCAGGACAAAAGGAAUGCGAUAACGCUUUGCGGCAAAUCCAGAUGAUGCGUAGCCUUCUCGAAGUUCCCAACGAACCAGUCAGUGACCACUCAUACUACGAGUGCCUCGAGUCAGUCAUGCAGAUAUCAAGGUCUCUUGGCGAUGCAAUGACAGGAAUAUCAAACGAUGCCAAGAAAGCUGACACGGAUGGGUUCUGCGAGGCCGUCAGAAAUUUCUCGUCAUCCAUUAAUGGUCUGACUGAAGCAGCUGCUCAGUCUGCCUACUUGGUAGGUAUAGCUGACCCGGCCUCUGAGCCUGGACACGCUGGUCUUGUUGACCAAUCCCAGUUUGCUCGAGCAAACCAAGCGAUCCAGACAGCGUGCCAGAACCUCACUUAUCCAGCACGAUCCCAUUCAGAGUAUUACGCUUCCUGGAACAGCCGUGCCAUGAAAAAAAUGAGACUUGAGGUCCUCUCUGCUGCUACUGUUGUUGCUAAACACACAUCUGCCCUAUGUAAUGCCUGCCGACUAGCAUCUUCUCGUGUCUCUUUACAGAACCUAGACAUUGAUUUCACUGAAGAAAACCGCCAAAAUUGUGCAAAAGCUGCAGUGCCCCUCCUCAAGGCUGUUGACGAAUUGACUUGUUUUGCUUCUUCACCUGACUUUGCAAGUGUCCCCGCUAAGAUCAGUACAGAGGCUCAAAAAGCUCAAGAACCGAUCACUUUGGCCGGCAUGUCAAUGAUAGACGGUGCCUGCCAUAUGCUUCAAGCUGCUAAACAACUGGCUGUCAACCCUAAAGAUCCUUCAACCUACCAGUUGUAUUCUAACCAUUCCAAGAGUGUCUCUGAUGCCAUGAAGAAAUUGGUAUCUUCCAUAAAUAUUUGUGUUGUUCCCUCUUUGGUGCCAAACCUCACUUGUGGUCACUUCUGUGUGUGGUGGUGCAGGGCUGGUUUCAGGAAUGACAGACGAUGGAAGACGCUGCAAGGUUAUCAGGAACAGAUGCUCCACUGUCUCUGUCCAAUUAUCGAGAAAGUGGACAAUAUUUGUAACGUAGCGAAAUCUGAAGCACAGAAUCUUGGUCACAUGAUCUCCUUCUUAACCAAUUACCUCGGGCCUCUGGCGGAAGGUGCCAUUGGCGCCGCAUCCAAAAUGAUGAACUCUAAACAACUGUUAUCAACGCUGGAUUUUACUAAAACUGUACUGGAAUCUGCUCUGCAGUUUAUAUAUGCCUGCAAAGAAGGGGGAGGUAACCCAAAGGCGGAGAAAGCCCAUGCUCAGAUUGAUGAGACAGGAACCGGUCUGAAAGAUGUCCUGCAAGAUUUACUUCAGAUGAUUGAAGAAGCUGCAUCGCAGGCCGGUGUUGUAAGCAAUAUGAUAGACAGCAUAACUAAAUCUAUGGCGGAGACUGAUCUCAACCUAGAUGUAACUGAUGGCAAAUCCUAUGUAGAUUAUCAAACCAGUAUGGUACGUCUCGCUCGACAAAUUGCCAGCUCAGCUCAAGAUAUGCUCGGAAAGAAUGAAACCAACAUAUCAGAACUUGGGGCUUUGGCCAAUAAACUGACCAGAGAUUAUCGUCAGCUAGCAAGCAACUCUCGCGGUGCAUGCAUGACUGCUAACAGCCCUGAGGUGACCAACCGUAUCAAGACAUCAGUGAUUGAACUGGGCAAGAGCUGUAUAUCCCUGGCACAAGACGCGGGAAGCAUGCAGUCGAACCCUUCGGACGAGUUCUGUAAGCGGGACUUGAAUGCACACGUGAAAGAGGUUACUGAAAAGGCUUCUUAUGUUCUGGCAUCUCUACAAUCUGGGUCUCGAGGUACCCAGGCUUGUAUCAAUGCUGCCAGCACUGUAAGUGGCAUAAUUGGAGACCUCAACACCACAAUAAUGUUUGCAACGGCUGGAACCCUGAAUACAGAGGACGAAGAGAACUUCACAGAUCACAAAGAGAACAUCUUAAAGACAGCAAAGGCCCUGGUUGAUGACACCAAACUCUUAGUCGCUGGAGCUGCCUCCAAUCAAGAACAGUUGGCCAAUGCAGCCCAGAUGGCCGUCAAAACCAUAACACAGUUAUCAGAUGUUGUGAAAUUAGGGGCCGCCUCCCUCGGAUCUGACCAACCAGAAGCACAGGUUUUGUUGAUAAAUGCCGUCAAAGAUGUCGCCUCUGCCCUCGCUGAUCUUAUUAGCGCCACGAAAAACGCUUCUGGCAAAAAUGUGUCUGAUCCCGCUAUGGGUAGUUUAAAGGAUUCCGCUAAGAUCUCUGGCGUCGUUGCUUCUGCUGCAGAGACAAUGGUAACCAAUGUCACUUCUCUCCUUAAAACGGUGAAAGCCGUUGAAGACAAGACGCAAAGAGGUACAAGAGCUCUAGAGUCAACCAUUGAAGCUAUUAGCCAGGAACUCCGAGUGUAUCAGUCACCAACUCCGCCUGACCAGAAAGCUACAGCCGAAGAUCUGAUACAGUACACAAAGCCUAUCACCACGGCAACGACCAAAGCUGUUGCCGCCGGAAACUCAGGGAACCAGGAUGAUGUAAUAGUGGCAGCCAACAUUGGACGCAGGGCCAUCUUUGAUCUUCUCAAUGUUUGCAAAGCUGCUUCCUUUACCGGAGAGACAGCAGAUAUCCGACAGAAGACUCAAAAGGCUGGUUAUUCUUGUGCUAUGGCAUACAAAGAAGUCCUUGAGCAUGUUAGCUACGCUCUGCAGAAGCCCUCAGCUGAAUCAAAACAGAACAUGGUGAGCGUGUCAAGAAAUGUGGCCACGUCCGUCGCAGAAAUUGUGCAGUGUGCGGAAGCCAUCAAAGCUUACUAUAUCCAAGAUAACGAAGAAAAAUAUAAAACAGAUACUAGUGCAUUACCGUCACCAGAUGGUAAAUUAGGGCCUAAUUGGGUUGAUUAUGGUGACCCGACAGUUAUUGCAGAAAAUGAACUCCGUGGUGCAGCAAGCUCAAUUGAAGCUGCUGCGAAAAAACUCGCCCAGUUGCAACCCCGUCAAGCUGCGAAAACAGCUGACGAGAGCCUGGGAUUCGAAGAACAGAUUCUGGAAGCAGCGAAAUCUAUUGCAACUGCAACAGCUGCCCUUGUAAAGUCAGCAUCUGCUGCACAGAAGGAAUUAAUACUCCAAGGAAAGGUGUCCGCUUCAUACUCAAAGUCUACCCUGGACGAAGAUGGCCAGUGGUCUCAGGGCUUAAUUUCUGCAGCUCGCCGUGUAGCAGCUGCAACUCAAAGCCUGUGUGAGGCUGCUAAUGCAAUGGUGCAGGGUCAGGCAAGUGAAGAAAAAUUAAUCGCAUCAGCGAAGGAAGUUGCUGGUUCGACCGCUGCCCUCUUGGUGGCGUGCAAAGUGAAGGCUGAUGCCGGUUCAAUCUCAAUGCGAAGAUUGCAGGUUCGUGGGACAAUCUUUCCACUAAUUUUUAUUCGUUAUUUUUUUAUUUUUUUGUUUUACUGUGGCUGUGUUUGUGAUGUUUUUUUUUAAGGGAGUUGAGUUGGA